CUGCCCAUCUUCAUGGCAUGUGGAAAUCAGUCCUGGCUUUCUAAAAUCUCCCAGUAUUACAUUGCCUGUCUGCCUUGUAAUUCCUCUUGCAGCUCUGCAGGAAGACCAGAGUGGCUCCGUUUCAAGCUGCAUCCGGACCUCCAGCUUCCACUGAGGGCAGAACUCACCUUCCUGAACGUCCUUAGCACACGAGGAGCUGAAUUUGUCAGGAAGAGAUGGUCGCUGAGAAAUGCAGAGGCAGGAGUGCGUUGCAGAGGAAGAACACUGAAGGAAGGAGCCGAUGUGAGUAAAGUGCCGAAGGACCCUGGCUCUGAACCUGACCCAGGAACAUCUCACCUCCGGGCUCCUCGCAGCAAGAUGCCCCACUUUCAACCUUGGCCAGGCAAAGAAGACUUAUGGGGACACAACCUCAGACUUCAUUAUCCUCCGCUGGAUCAGUUCCCUGAGCUGGAUGACAGACUGAUUUCACAACUAGAUGGGCCAGCACAGGAAGGACUGUGGUGCAUGGAAGAAGCAACGUGGAGGGAGUCCUGGAUUGUUGGAAACCACAAUUGCCUCAAAACUCGCCGUAACAUGAAUCCGCAGAUAAGGAGCUGCUUGUGGUGAGGUAACGACAUGAAUUCCCAUCUGAAGAUGAGGCAGAGAAAGAGCGAGGGUGAUGUUUAUCUUUGCUAUAACUUCGCUGAAGUGCACGUUUCCACGCAGCACCGGCUCCAGGGGCGCAGAGAGGAUCCUGCCGUGGGGAGAGGAUGCUACAACCCACAGACACUGCCAAGGCACACAGAUUCAAUCAUGCACCUUGCUCCAAAAUACCAUGACAGAGUUGUGAGCAGGAAGAUGAGAGCUAGCUAAAAUAGGUGGAAAUUCUAAUUUAUUUUGUAGCCUUUCAACGGAUAGUGCUGACAGCUGAGAAAUGCACAGUUAUUUAUUCCUUGCAGGUUUGCUAACACAGCCAUGCCAGAGACCAGACUGCUUUGGUAGUGUCGAACCCCACCAGCACAAAAAGUAUUGGCUUUUUGUCAAUUUAGCUUAAAUGACUUCCCACUUUCACUAGUAAAAAGACCUUUUCUGGCCAAUAUACCAGAGUUUGUAUUGAGCUGGUUUUUUUGUUGGCCUUAUUUGUCAGUAAAGUAUUGUACCUCUAAAAGAGAUGUUAGCAAAACUGUAAUCCAGGCCUCACACAUUAUUUUGGUCCAUAUGUUAUUUAUUUUAAUCUCUUAAGGUUCCAAAAUACUAUAUAUUUACAGUUGCCCUUUAAAGUUAUUGUUAGUUACAAAAUAUUAGAAACAUAGUUUAAUCUAUAAAAUGCAUAAUUAAAUUAAUCUUUACCAUGUUUUUUUUUACAUCACACAGGAAACAUUUUAGUCUGAUGAAUACCAUGGAUAUAUAAUUAGUACUUUAUACCAUAAACUAGAUUAUAACUUACACUGUCCACCCUGGCUCCAAAAAUCCUUGCAGAUUUUAAUUCAGUUGCUGCACUUUAUCUGGAUGAAAGCAUUUGAAUUCAAUUAUUAUUAUUAUUCUGUGUGGAUUUGUGCCUUUAUAUAGGUUAGAUGUGGUAGUAGUUUUAAAAAGAAGUUUAGUGGAAGUCUCAAAUUAGGCAUCUGCAUCUAUAUUUAGGCAUCUACCAGAUCUUAAAUGCUGAACAUCUGAUUUUUCUAGCUGAGGUUUGCCUAAGUUAGGGUUUAAUGGGAAUCAAGACUGGACAAUAAAAGCAAAGGGAAACUAAUUUUGAGGUAUUUCUGAAUUUCAAUGGAAGUUGGACACUUGACCUGCUCAGACUCUUUUGAAAGCCCUCUUACAUGCCUAUCUGUACCUUUCAACACCUAAAUACCUUUCAAAAUCGGGCAGGACACUUUGGAUAAAUGUUAAACAGUAAACCCAAUAAAAUCUCCUUGUUCUCUUUGA